AUGCCGCGCGCGCCCAGGUGCCGGGCCGUGCGCGCCCUUCUGCGGGCCAACUACCGGCAGGUGUUGCCCCUGGCCGCCUUCGUACGGCGCCUGCGACCCCAGGGCUGCCGGCUCGUGCGGCGCGGGGACCCGGCGGCCUUCCGCGCGCUGGUAGCUCAGUGCUUGGUGUGCGUGCCCUGGGACGCGCAGCCGCCCCCUGCAGCCCCGUCCUUCCGCCAGGUGUCCUGCCUGAAGGAGCUGGUGGCCAGAGUCGUGCAGAGGCUCUGCGAGCGCGGCGCGAGGAACGUGCUGGCCUUCGGCUUCACGCUGCUGGCCGGGGCCCGCGGCGGGCCGCCCGUGGCCUUCACGACCAGCGUGCGCAGCUACCUGCCCAACACGGUGACCGACACGCUGCGCGGCAGCGGCGCCUGGGGGCUGCUGCUGCGCCGCGUGGGCGACGACGUGCUCACCCACCUGCUCUCGCGCUGCGCGCUCUACCUGCUGGUGCCCCCGACCUGCGCCUACCAGGUGUGUGGGCCGCCGCUCUACGACCUCCGCGCCGCCGCCGCGCCUCGGCCCACGCGGCGAGUGGGCGGGACCCGGGCGAGCCUCGGACUCCCGCGCCCGGCCUCGUCGAAAGGCUGCCACGGGGAGGCAGGGCGACUCCUGGAGGCGCGGGCCCAGGGCACGAGGCGUCGUCGGGGAAGCGCGCAGGGACGACUGCCUCCAGCCAAGAGGCCCAGGCGCGGCCUGGAGCCCGGGCGGGAUCUCGAAGGGCAGGCGGGCUACGGCCCGCAACGCGUGGUGACACCUACCCGAGACGCUGCGGAAGCCGAGUCUCGGGAGGGCGACGUGCCCGGGCCCUGCCGCCCCUUCCCGGGCGGCGAGCGGGGUGUCGGUUCCGCGUCCUGGCGACUGCCACCCCCGGAGGGCGAGCCGGGUGCCGGAGCAUGCGCUGAGACCAAGCGGUUCCUCUACUGCUCCGGCGGUGGCGAACAGCUACGCCGCUCCUUCCUGCUCUGCUCCCUGCCUCCCAGCCUGGCCGGGGCGCGGACACUCGUGGAGACCAUCUUUCUGGACUCGAAGCCCGGGCCGCCAGGGGCUCCCCGCCGGCCGCGCCGCCUGCCCGCGCGCUACUGGCAGAUGCGGCCCCUGUUCCGGAAGCUGCUUGGGAACCACGCCCGGUGCCCCUACGGUGCGCUGCUCAGGGCGCACUGCCCGCUGCCCGCCUCUGCGCCCCCGGCGGGGCCAGGCCAUCAGAACCCCCGGGGCGCGGGCGGCCGCCCCGCGGAGAGGCCAGCGGCUGCGCCCGCGGGCGAGGCGCGCUCGGGGCGCCUGGUCCGGCUGCUCCGCCAGCACAGCAGCACCUGGCAGGUGUAUGGCCUCCUGCGGGCCUGUCUUCGCCGCCUGGUGCCCGCCGGCCUCUGGGGCUCCCAGCACAACGAGCGGCGCUUCCUGCGGAACGUGAAGAAGCUCCUCGCCCUGGGAAAGCACGGCAGGCUCUCGCAGCAGGAGCUCACGUGGAAGAUGAAGGUGCAGGACUGCGCCUGGCUGCGCGCGAGCCCAGGGGCCCGCUGCGUGCCCGCCGCGGAGCACUGCCGGCGCGAGGCGAUCCUCGGCCGCUUCCUGUGCUGGCUGAUGGGCGCCUACGUGGUGGAGCUGCUCAGGGGCUUCUUCUACGUCACGGAGACCACGUUCCAGAAGAACCGGCUCUUCUUCUUCCGGAAGCGCGUCUGGAGCCAGCUGCAGCGCCUGGGCAUCAGACAACACUUAGACUGUGUGCGGCUUCGAGAACUGUCAGAAGCAGAGGUCAGGCAACACCAGGAGGCCAGGCCGGUUCUGCUGACGUCCAGGCUCCGUUUCGUCCCCAAGCCCGGCGGGCUGCGGCCCAUCGUGAACAUGGGCUGUGUUGUGGGCGCCCCGGCGCCGCCCAAAGACAAGAAGGUGCAGCAUCUCAGCUCCCGGGUCAGGACGCUGUUCGCGGUACUGAACUACGAGCGAGCGCGGCGGCCUGGCCUCCUGGGGGCCUCAGUGCUGGGCAUGGACGACAUCCAUAGGGCCUGGCGGGCCUUUGUGCUGCCCCUGAGGGCCCGGGGCCCGGCCCCCCCACUCUACUUUGUCAAGGCGGACGUGGUGGGGGCCUACGACGCCCUCCCCCAGGACAGGCUGGCAGAGGUGAUCGCUAAUGUGCUGCAGCCAGAGGAGAACGCAUACUGCGUGCGCCACUGUGCCGUGGUCCGGACUGCGCGCGGGCGCAUGUGGAAAUCCUUCAAGAGACACGUGUCCACCUUCUCGGACUUCCGGCCGUACCUGAGGCAGCUCGUGGAGCAUCUGCAGGCGACUGGCUCGCUGAGGGACGCUGUGGUCAUUGAGCAGAGCUGCUCCCUGAACGAGCCUGGCCGCAGCCUCUUUGAACUCUUCCUGCACCUGGUCCGCAACCACGUCAUCAGGAUCGGGGGCAGGUCCUACAUCCAGUGUCAGGGGAUCCCCCAGGGCUCCAUCCUGUCCACUCUGCUCUGCAGCUUCUGCUACGGGGACAUGGAGAACAAGCUCUUUCCCGGAGUCCAGCAGGACGGGGUGCUUCUGCGCCUGGUGGACGACUUCUUGCUGGUCACCCCUCACCUGACGCAGGCCAGAGACUUCCUCAGGACGCUGGUGCGUGGUGUACCCGAGUACGGCUGCCAAGUGAACCUGCGGAAGACGGUGGUGAACUUCCCCGUGGAGCCCGGGGCCCUGGGCGGCGCGGCGCCCCUGCAGCUGUCAGCCCACUGCCUGUUCCCCUGGUGCGGCCUGCUGUUGGACACCCGCACCCUGGAGGUGCACGGCGACCACUCCAGUUACGCCCGGACGUCCAUCAGAGCAAGUCUCACCUUCACCCAGGGCUUCAGGCCCGGGAGGAACAUGCGUCGCAAGCUGUUGACGGUCUUGCAGCUCAAGUGCCAUGGUCUCUUCCUGGACCUGCAGGUGAACAGCCUCCAGACGGUCUUCACAAACGUUUACAAGAUAUUCCUGCUGCAGGCCUACAGGUUCCACGCCUGCGUGCUGCAGCUCCCCUUCAGCCAGCCGGUCGGGAGCAGCCCCGCGUUCUUCCUCCGGGUCAUCUCCGACACCGCGUCCCGUGGCUACGCCCUCCUGAAAGCCAGGAACGCAGGGGUGUCGCUGGGGGCCAGGGGUGCCUCUGGCCCGUUCCCGUCUGAAGCCGCGCAGUGGCUGUGUCUCCAUGCCUUCCUGCACAAGCUGGCUCGCCACCGCGUCACCUACAGCCGCCUGCUGGGGGCCCUCCGGACAGCCCGAGCGCGGCUGCACCAGCGGCUCCCGGGGCCCAUGCGGGCCGCCCUGGAGGCGGCGGCCGACCCCGCCCUGACCGCGGACUUCAAGACCAUCUUGGACUGACAGUCAGCCCUGCCCACAGCUGAGGGUGAGCUCCGGAGCCCGUGGGUGAGGCCCGCUCCACGGCAAAGCCUGGGCCCCCCCGAGAGCCCUGGAGCGGGGAGCCAGCCCCCACAUCCUCAAGGGAGUGGGGCCGGUGCCCCGUGGCCCUCCAGAGACCGUCCAUCUCCAACAGCUGACCGCCAGGCCCGGCAACACGCGGGAGAACCUGGCGGGGUGUCAGGGCGUCGGAACAGGAAGUUGGGGGGUUGUCAUCCCUGCCCCUUGCCCUGGAGCGAGGACACACCUUUGUCCAGUGGCGCGGGGGGGCACUCGGGGGCUGAGUGGGCCCUUCCUGCUGCUGACCGCACCUGCGCCCCGCCCGGCGCUCGGGCCACGCCUGCCCCCCUCCACCCGCCGCUGAGCUCGAAGUCCAGCCUGCUGGGCCUUCCCCGCAGUCAGCUGCUGGGGGCCGUUCCCUCGCCCUGGUCUCACCGCCCCCCCCCACCCCGUGCCACCUGCCCCCCUUACCUCCGUGGGCAGCUGGUCCCCGCUCAGCACCAUGCUGGGAUCGUCUGCGCCUCCUCCUACCCUGCACUGACCCCAAGUCACCGCAGCACCGGAAGCCAGCAGGCCUCUGCCUGUCGUCUCCACAGCUUGCUGUUUUUCUCUGGAUGUUUGUGUUAAAAGGCAUAUCCGUCA